AUGACGCGUCCAGAAUCCGACAAGAAAGAACCAGAUGGCAGAGAAGUUCUCCGACCCCUGCCACUACCGUUCAUAGCAGUCCCUUCUCACUUAACCAAGAAGCCUCACAUUCCUACUUCUCAACCUACAGCAGCAGAUGGAAAGGUUGUAGGGACAAGCCGUGAGAUGGUUAUACCGGUGACUAGCUCGUGUGACAGAAGAUCCAAGCAAACAGUCGGGAAGCAUGAUCUCAACAACAAUGACCCAUAUCUGGUCAAAUUUCAUGGGAACGGACCUCAAUCCAAGAUACGGAAAGCUUUCAAGGUCUACGAUUACCCGUGUUCACUCGUAAUGGCAAGAGAAAACCCAAGACGCACUCAACGCAAGAAGGUUGCUACGCCCGAGGACCUUCCAGCUACGGAAGUGACUGUGAGUCUCGGCGGGACACAAGUAACCAGUGAACCUAAUUUCACCUCAGGCGCCAGCCUAGCUAGUGAUGCAUCUAUUGAUGAUACACCAAGUGCACCCGCGUUCGGUCCUCAAGACAAGAUCAUUGGAGGCUCUGUACUUGGUAAACGUUCUCGUCGCGAUAUAGAGGAUAGAUUGGAGGAAAAAGAUGUGCGUGCAGAGGCUGAUAUGCUAGAAGACAAAGCUUUGGACAGACCCACCGUAGUAGAUUCCAGGAGCUCGGGAAGGAACGAUAUUCUAGAGGAGAUGAACCCAGACGAGACUUGUGCACGCAACAAUGGUUCGAGCUUCAAGCCAGGCAUUCUUAUGAAGGAACAUGUCAUCCUAGACCACGCUACAGCACUAAACCCAAUGGCAUCAGUAGCGCAACGCAUAACAAGCUACCAUACAUCGCCAGUCUCCAUGCGAGGUGAAGAAAGUGACUCAACGGAGGCCGUAGGGCCGACGACCGCAGACACCAGCGAAGAACCUCAGACACCAGACCCCCUCACCUGGCGCCCGGCCCACGGAGUGACAUCGACCGGUGUCCAUUUUUUCAAUAUGCCUUUUGACGACUUGCGCAAGAUGAUACUACUCCAAGCUCUCGAGCAAUCACAGAAGCGACAACCACAGUCUUCCAACAGAAUUCGCGCCCUGUUCGUCUCCGCGGUAACUGAUGAGCAAACCGCACCAGAAAGUUACACGUUCGAGCACGCCAGAGUUAAGCUUCAAGCACGCCGCAAUGAGGUUUACGGUAUACAGCUGAAGGAGCGAAUGGCUACCCUUCGAAUGUUUGCCGUCAACGCAAUGCAGGAGCCUCGUGAGGUAGUCGAUGGGCUUACAGCAGCCGUCCAUGAGGCACGCGAAGAGCUCGCUGCGGCCCGUGAGGCACUUGACGAAGACCUUGCAAUUUAUGCUAUCGUGAAACAAGAGCUCAAGAACAUUAUAGGCGUUUUUGUAUCGGAGCCGGAUAAUCCAGUGAUAAGAGAGGAUGCUUUGCGGCGGUACAGCAUAAUCAGCGAGAUCAACGCUGCUAUUGUCAAGUAUGGAAACAUCUGGUGGUCGCAUACUGCUCGCAAGGAGCGGGAACCAGCGAACAUGCAGAGCGAUACACCAGAUUCACGACAGUUCCUAACACCCGAACCUACCCUGCCGCUCAACAUCACAGCGCCUGAAACAUAUGCAGCUCUUAUGCGUAAGUCGAAGACAUCUUCCAGAAGGAGGAUAAUCACGACGUCGCAUGACCUUACCAUUUUCGAACCUCGAUUGUUAGCUAUUAUGCCACAGGCUGUAGCGAGAGAUCUCAUCAACACUAUGCGCUUGAUCCUCACACUGGGUGGUCGGAAACAACGCCUACUUGGUAUACGGAAGCAGAAGAUCAAAGACCUGCUCCAUAAUCUAGGCAGCAAUGAAGUGAUCAGGGUGUAUAACGAGUUUGCGACUGCACAUGAUCGGAUUGAAGAGCGGUCGACGUUCAAACUACCUUUAAUCGCGGAGCUGGAAGACGGAAACGAUGAGGUAAAAGAGAGUGAGGGUGAGUCAGAUUACCACAGUGCGCAGGAAGAGCUUGGGGGAGAGGAAACCGCUGCGGACGGCGCAAUGCAGGAAGUCGGAGUUGUGGUUGUCCAAGAUCCACAUCUCGAGAUGGAAGACCUGCUCCCAGCAACACAACAAGUUUUUGCGAUACCCGAUGUUGACACUCGGGUCGCGCCAUCACUCUCGCCGCAUGAAGCGCAUGAGUCACCAGUCGUGCCUGUGGGUGGUCCAUGCGACAAGCACAUUGAUGGCCUUUGCAUGGUGGUAUCAAUCCAGAACCCCGAAGCUUUUCCUUUGACGAACAUACAAGAGGUUCAGGCCGAGUACUACCCUUCCACCAGCAUUCUUGACAUGCAAGUACAUCACGACCACAACGAACGUAUCAUCCAAGUCACGGCGACUUUGGAUAAGGGCCCCGUCGACCAGCUCGUCAUUCACGAUCCACGCAUCAUCACUCUCCUGGGUCUCCGUCAACCACCUUACGCUAUGAUCUGUCUUCAGCCCAAUACUCGCAUCGAUGAGACGUAUCAGAUCCACAUCCAGCCAGAUCAAAGGCUGCGGAACGCAAAGGCUUGGACCUUUGGCGAGCUGGUGUCCGCGCGGCAUGCAUAUCUAUACUGGCUAGAUAGCAGGCGGACUUCAGAUCCGAGGGCACCUCCUACUGUGGCAGAAGCUAGGCUCUUGGCGCCUAGAAUUUGUCGAAGGGCCGGAAACGUCUGGAGAGAGAUUGAGAAGGUUUGGAAUCUCGAGCAGGGUAGUGGUGGCAGGCAUUUCCGAGAGAACAGAAUGGAGUACUUGGGGGAGGAUCCAGAGUAUAGAGGAGGUGAAGAGAGGAGGUCGCAGAAGGGUAUGUGGGUGUGA